UGAGCUUGAGAACGAGCUGAAGGCUGAACGUUCGCGCCUCAGGACCAUGACGGCCGAGCAAUCCCGCAUUGAGCGAGAGAAGGAGGAGAUUGUUCUGCAACUACGCCGUGCGGAAUCUGAUAUGGCAGAUGUGAGGAUUCACCUCCAGCGUCUCAAGCAGGAGAAUCAGGAUUUGGAGACAAAGAUACGCUGUACGUCAAUUGUCCGUCACAGAUGCACUGCCCUAAUUUCCCCAUAGCCGGUGCAAUUACGCAGAAGGCUGACAUGCUUCAGAAGAAGGUAGCCCAGAAUGCCGAGAUCAUAGAGCAAUUGCGACAAGAGAGAUCUCUUCUCAUGGCUGACUUCAAGCAGUUGCAGCAACAUUACUCCGAAGUCUCUGAGCACGCCAAGAAGCUUCGCGAGGAGCACGCCGCGUCGCAGACUACGCACGACGAGCGCCGGCAUCAACUGGACCUUCGCCUACUCGAGAUCGAGGAGUUGAAGCAGGCUUUGUCGGCUCAGGCAGAUGAGCUGCAACGUGCGGAAUCUGAGAAGAAGCGUAUUGCCGCAGAGAAGAGCGAUGUCGCGCGCUCUGUAGCAGAGCUAGAAGCCGAUCUGCAGAGAGUCAAGAAGAAUGCAGAGGAGUUUGGUCGCGACCUCCAACUGCUUCGUGCCCAGAAAGAGCGCUUGGAGGAAGAGAAGAAGCAUGAGCAACUGAGGGCGGAACGAGCUCAGAAGCAAUCACAGACGCAGAUUCGCCUGUUGAAAGAGGAGCUGGAGAGCCGGCGUGAACAGGCCAAGAUAGUGGACCAGCAGUCAAGGAAUCAUGUCUGCGCUGCUGACGAGCAACAAGUGGCCACUAUGAAGUCGCAGCACAACAAAGAGUGCAAAGGAUUGCUGGUGCAAAUACAUUACCUGAAGGCCAAAUUCACGCGCGAGUCAACACUACGCUCUGAUCUCGGGUACCAGAAGCACUAUCUGCUUGUGCUGCUCGCUCGCUUUGAACGAGACGAGCAGAAGAUCCUGGCCGCAAUAGCCAGGAUCGGAUUCCCCUCCGCAGAGUUGCCUGUGGUCGUGCCUAAGCGGCGAAAGCUCAAGAGCGUCCUGAUAUCUGUGCUUUUCUUGGCGAGCAAGCGAUACAUGGCGUGAACAGUGCGCGUCUAGAGAAGCAAUCAACGCUGCUUUGCAAGAAGUUCGACAACGGAGAGCCGGUACUGAUGGACAUCAUGGAC